GACAUUGGUUCAGGAACCUGUUCUAGUUCAACCUCCAAAAGUACAAGUGGGACGAAAUGCUUGCGACCGCAUGACUGGCAUGUGUCUGUGAUUACUAGCAAGUGUCCAUUCAGAGAUUUUGGAUAAUGUUUCCUCAUUUAGGAAAUUCUCUGGAAGAUGCUUGUGAUCAAAAGCUCCACAAAACAAAGAGACAGAAGGACAGAAUUAAUGGACAGAAGAGAAGCAGGGUGAGUACGGAGCGGCUGCGGGCCCAGUCCCGUGUUGCAGCUAAGAGUAGGAGGGAGAGAGAGAGACGUUUGUUUGGGGAGCUGGCAGCAUGGCUACCUCUGCCCUCUGGUCUGACUGGCCACAUAGACAAGGCUUCUAUCGUCAGACUCACACUGGACUACCUGCGUCUGAGAGUGCUGCUAGACCAUCGAGACAAUGUCACACCAGAGACCAGGGUCUGCUCUGACACAGUCCACUUCACCAUGCACGGCCGAUACCCAAUGGCUGGGAUUUUCUCUGUGGAGACAGUGCUGGAGUCUGCUGUUGGGGGUUUCAUGCUCUUGGUGUCUCAGAACGGCCAAGUUAUCUUCACUACAGGGGACAUAAGGACACACACUGGCAUCAACCAGAUGGAUCUGAUUGGUAGGAGUCUCUUUGACUUCAUGCACCACUCUGACCAGAGGGAAGUCAGAGAUAUCCUCUCAAAAAUGAUAGCUACUGAGAGACAACAGCAGUGUGACUUCCUCCUCCGUGUGAAGAGCACUCUGACUUCUCAGGGUCGAGCUGUCAACCAAAGACACACACGAUGGAAGGUGAUUCAUUGCGUUGGGGUUAAGAAACAAUCUCACCUUCCAGAGUCAGCCUGUCUUGUCCUAAUGUGCCGACCCUUACCCAUCUCACAAUGCAUCAUCAGGGAUGCCAGCUUGAAUCGCAAGACCUUCCUGAGCGGACAUCACCCGGACAUGAGGUUCACCUACUGCCAUUCGGGUGUCAAGGAGCUGACUGGAUAUACAGAAACAGAACUUCUGGGCCAGUCUGUGUAUCAGUAUUACCACACAUCUGACUGCCAGCACAUUCACAAAGCACACCAGAGCUUGCUCUCUAAGGGACAGGCUACCAUGGGCAGGUACCGUCUGCUGCUGAAAGGUGGUGGGUAUGUGUGGGCAGAGACGGAUGCAUCGGUGGUGUACAACAACCGGACUGGGCAGCCCCAGAGUGUCGUCUGCAUCAACUACAUUCUAAGUGAGGUGGAGCUACCAGAGAUGGUGUUCUCACUGCAGCAAACAGAACCUUUACUGAGGCCCUGUUACUCUGAUCUCGUGGGGCCCAUCCUGCAGAAUGAGACCUAUCCUGCAGCAGAGACAGCUGUUCAUCUACGCAACACAAAAAUACCAACUCCAGAAAACAACAACGAGAUCCAAACCUAUGAGGGAUAUUCAGAGCUCAACCGAGAGGAUCAAAUGAACAUUAACUCACUCUCUGAACUAUGUGAGCUGGACCUGGAUUCGUUGGCUCCAUACAUACCCAUGGAUGGAGAAGACUUCCUCCUCACUCCAGUUUUAGAUGGGAUCUUGGCCAUGAUAGAAGGUCCUGUUCUUCCACCUGGUUUGGAAGGCCAUUGUUCCUUGGGGAAGUCCCCUAUAUCUGCUGGUUCUUUCACCACACAUCAAAUGAAAACCUUGCAGAUAGAGCCCUCCUGUGACUCAGGGGUGUCACAUACAGUCAAAGAGUCAGAGUUCGGGGACCAUAUGAAGUCAGUCUAUAGAGGAGGCAGUGCUGUAUUCAAGGAGGGCCCUGACCAUGCCGGAUUGGAGGGCCUUGUCCCGAACGAACAGUGGAGUGAGAAACACAAGUCCUGUAGACAUCCACAGGCACUUAUGGCUGCUGCUGCUAGGCUGCCUUACCGGACCGUGGAAUAUUUCCCCAUUCACCCACAAGAUGGAUCCACUUGCUUGUGUGGAUCACCAUCAAGGCAAGUGUUGUGGAAAUACACACAGCAGCCCAAAAUCCCAAGCACAGGCCCUCAGCCACCUUCCAAUCAUAUAGACGAGAUGUCAACAUGCCAUGUUCCUUUCAGCCUGCCAGUACUGAGCAGGCUGGACUGUGAGGUCACACUGGGGCCAACCAGCUGCCUGCUUCAGGGGUCAGAGAUCACCUCCUUCCUGGACCAGGCCCCCUCCAGAUUCUUACACAUGAUAACAUGGGGCAUAAAUCAGCUCUCCACCCAAUAUGCCCAUCCUUGUUACGCACCCAGAUCAGCUAUUGAAGUCAGCUCUGGCACAUCGACAUCAUAUGCUGAAUGGAUAACAUGAACUUGAUUAUCCCACGAAUUGUGCCAAUCUCUCCUGAACUAGGCCUAUAUGGUUACUUUUACUGGCAAUUUAACUAACAAAUGUGGAUGCAUAGCCUAGUUAUUAAAUACAGCACUUAAUUACAAUGAUCAAUAUUAAAACUGUUGUCUUUGUUUUGUUUACUGUACAGUGCCCAUACAAGUUACAAUCUAUUUGAGUUUUUCUUAUCCACUCGGAUUCUGCAGGCAAAAACUGCCAUAUAUAGCUAGCUCUGUUAUACAAAGAUUCUCUGCUGUUUUUAAACCCCACUCCAUGGUGAAAGUUUCGGUGAAGGAAGUUUAUGAUGAACCUUUUUUCACCAUGGAGGGGCGUUUAGUCCGCUACGAUCGCAACUGUCUGGGAAAUGGGAACUGAUCCCACCUCAUGUUGUAUAAAUCCAAAGCAAUUAAACGUAGUUUUGGAAUGGUAUAUUCACUACAGUAGUAAACUGGUGCAAAUAAAUCGAAAAGCAAAGCAUAAUAGCAAAUUAUUAACACGCAUAAAAUUCUUUUCUGCGGAUAAAUAUAGAUAUUUUCCGCAGAUAUUCCAACCGACGAGGUGGCCGAGUGGUUAAGGCGAUGGACUGCUAAUCCAUUGUGCUCUGCACGCGUGGGUUCGAAUCCCAUCCUCGUCGACAUUUACAUUUUUCUCCAUUACUUUUGCAAGUGUUGCGAUGAUCUAUUAGUCUUUACAAGAAUAACGGCGAAUUAUGAAUAAUAAGAGUAUUUGUAUUAUAAAGCAAGACAAGUGAAGGCUUUAUACAACCUGUUCAUAUAGUACUCUAAAUCCUUGCCUACUAUAACCAUUCUAAAUGUCCAUUUAAUGCAGAUAUCCGUAUAAUACGGUAUUCAUAGGAAGUGUUACCAAAAUUAGGAAAAAGAAGAAUAUGGAUAUGAUAACCUAUUAUAGCACUAUUAUGUAUAGGCUGAAUAAAAGUCCUGAUGAUUGUGUUUAUGUUUAAUCUUAAAUGUUUAGAAGACACCCACAUUAUUUUGUUAGUGAAAGUGAUACAGUUUUUAAUCUGUAUGUCACAGUAGAAAACAUGGAAAUAGUCCUAUUUUACAAAUGUAGGCCUAGACCCUAACUGCGUGGGGGCGCUAUUACCCAAUAAAAGGCAAAAGGAGGCAGAUUUAACUAUUUCUCUUGGUGUUAGGUAUAGAGAAAUUGUAACGGACUAUUUUUGUAGCCACUAAAACAAGCUGACCAGACCUCACGCGCGCGUGCGUCCGCGUGUGCCAUCGCGCGUAUGUUGAUUUUGGCCCCCCACACCAGACCAACUAUAUUUAACUUGGGGACAGGUCGAAAAGCAUUCAACAUUUAUGGCAAUUUAGCUAGCUAGUUUAUUGUUACUAGGUAAUUUGCCCUGGAAUAUAAACAUUGGGUUGUUAUUUUACCUAAAAUGCACAAGACAAUUAAUCCACAGAUUAAAGGGUAAAAAUGUGUUUUCUAAUAAUCUCUCCUUCUUCAGGCUUCUUCUUUGGACUUCAUAUGGUGGUUGGCAACCAAUUUAAGGUGCAUUACCACUAUAGACUGGUGUGUGGAGCUUAGUUCAUCUUUCAAUCACCCACGUGGGUAUAUGCUCCGAGAGCAGUGUGGGUGCAAUGAUUGAAUAACAUGUAUGUGUACAUUUGGUUCGUUGGACAAAGCCUAUGGAGAAAUGAAUGGCGUUUUUGUAAGGUUUUUGGAUAAACACUGAAAAUAAGGUUGGCGGUAAACACAGACUUAGGAGAUCUUAUGAUACAUUUUGUUCCAUGUGAUCAUUUUCAUCAGCCAACUUCACUUUUUAUGAAUGUCGAAGCAUAUAUGUUACAAAGAAAAGCACUUAAAGGCUUCAUAAAUCAUAAAGGACAUGUUAACUGACUGAUAUUAUCUCAUAGAACAACAAAAUAUAAGAUCUCCUAAGCCUAGACCUUAUAUUUGGUGUUUAUCCCCGAAACCCUAUUCUUUCCCCAUUCCUUUUCCCCAUAGAUAUGGCUGAACAAACCAGAUGGAACUCUGGUUUAGGACUACAAGCUGGCUCGCUCUAUUCAUCAUCGUUUUCACGGCAUGAGGUGUGUCAGUCAAACAAUACAGAAAUGGUUUAUUGAUUUUUAUUCAAAUCCAAUGCAUACUCAGUGCAACGAAUCUAGAAGGACAUAAUUCAAUUUAGGCCUAACUAACAAAAGUGGGUACACAUUACAAAAGGCAACACAUUCAAAUAUUCUGCAAUUGGAGCAUUUUGCUUGCACAUGUUUCUUCUCAAUAAAUGUUAUGGGCUUGUUUCUCAUCUAGGUUUCUUAAAUUAAUACUCUGAAGUUUAUUCUGUUGAUUAUCAGUAACCUCAAUAACGAGGUCUACAAUACACUUUAGCACCUGCUAAAUUAAUAAUUGUUUAAGACAUUUUUCUGAUCGUGGCGAAAUAAGCACUAGCAGUGAAAUAUGAACCCCUUCCUCUCGAUAAAGUCAUCUCCCCUGUCUUCAGAAGCACUAGCAGUGAAAUAUGAACCCCUUCCUCUCGAUAAAGUCAUCUCCCCUGUCUUCAGAAGCACUAGCAGUGAAAUAUGAACCCCUUCCUCUCGAUAAAGUCAUCUCCCCUUCAGAAGCAUUUAUCAGAUCUUUACAACACCUAACAAAACAGCACUUCAUUUAUGUUGUCAUAAUUAAUAAGCACUAUUUGUAGAUUAACUUCAGACAGAGACACUAGAAUGUUCCGCAGGAGUAUGCAGGGGUUCAGUUUCACUGUGAUAGCAGCAGAGGCCAUCAGAUGGGUGGUCUGGAUCCUGUUCUUUAUUUAACCCUUUAUUCAUCCCCCCCCUAUUCAGAACUGUUCAUUAAAAAGUCAGUAUGCCCUCUAUUGGUCAAGCAGGAGAUUUCGCCUUGUUCUUGUUCUCUGAUUUGGAGGUGACGAUCCAGCGGUAACAGUCAGUGAUUCUCUUGUUUUGUUCUACAGCACAGCUAGUGCAGUACACAAUGCCCAGAGCCAGCAUCACCACAAUGAAAACACACAGGGGCACCAGGAGUGCUACGAGAAGCCAGCUCUUGUCCUGCUUCCUUUUGCCCUUACUGUCAGGCCGCUCUGCCCCUAAUGCGAAUGAUGUUGUUUGGGCUGGAAGUGGGACUCUGAGUGUGAUGGUGGGGGUGGUGGCGGCCUUAAUCUCAGAGUUACUGUCUGGGGUUUCUACCACUCUCCCAGCCCCCCUGUCAUUCUGGACUGCUGGGUGGUGGCUGUCACUAACGCUGGGCACCACUGAGGGAUCACCUGCUUGGCUUUGAGUGACAUCAUCUUCCUGAGAGGAUGAGCUGGGCAAGGGUGUGACAGUGUUCUGAGCGGGCUUUCUCCGUGUGAGAACAUCCCAGUGUGAGUUAUGGUCAUUCGACGGCCUGUGUGGAACCGGCAUAGAGGCUGUCUUCUCAGUAGGAAGCCUCUCAAGGCUGGUCUGCUCUGUCAGCCACUCCAAAGCUGUGGUGUCGGUAACCCAGUCUGGGAAUUCGGGGACCCAGGAGAAAGAGGUUUGGUAGGAUGAGGUAGCUGUGGAUGAAUACUCAUGUUCACCCUCUGGAAUGGCCAUACAGGAAUACUGGUCUGACUGCAGCUCGUACCCUGCCUCACAAUAGCACUCAAACCCACCAACAUAGUUGAGACACUUCUGGUGGCAGCUUGUGGAGAUCUGACAAUCAUCGAUGUCCUGGCAUAAGCCUGGAUCAUCGGGCAGCUCAGUGAAGCCUUGGCGGCAGUGGCAGGCAUAGGAACCAGGGGUGUUCUCACAUCUGUGUGCACAGCUGCUGGAAUCUUUGCAUUCAUCGACAUCCACACAUUCUCCGUCUUCAUCAGGCUCGUAGCCCUCAUUGCAGCGACACUCAAAUGUCCCAGGAGCAUUUACACAGAUAUGAGGGCAGGGCGCCUGCAGACACUCAUCAACAUCCAGGCAGUUGCGUCCACCAGGUGCCAACAGGUAACCAUUUGGACAUUUGCAGCGGAAACCUUUAGUAUUCUCUUCACAGUCAAACUCACAGUUGGCCGUGCCACAGGAAUGGUUCGGCUGGCAGGUCUGGCCGUCCUCUGCCAGUGUGAAGCCUUCAGAACACUCACAGUAAUAGUGUGUGUCAGCAUUCUGACAGAAAUGCUCACAGCCACCAUUUUCCUCUUCACACCAGUCCUGGGGGCCAUCAGAGCAGAGGGGGGCAUCCUUUGACCAGCCCACACUCCCAUCCUCCCUCAGCAUGCAAAGAACAGACUGUUCUCUAAGCUGUCUUCAUUAUCUGGGCAGGGCAAGGUGGCUACUGAACCAAAGGGGAUGUGAGUGAGGAUGGUGCUGAGCAGGUUGAAAGGGGUGGUAUACAGUGCAGGUCCCCCUCCCUCACUCUUCAGAGAAGGGCACAUCCCCCGGUAGUUGUAGUGACACAUGAAUCCAUCUACAGCCAGUGAGCAGGAGCCAUCCAGCCAUUUGAAGUUGUCGUGCUGCUCCCGGGUGUCAGCAGCAGUGUUGACGCUUAUGACGACACAGCGGGGUGCGGCACAGGUACUAGGUGAGUCCGCUCUCAGCCAGUUUCUGUACUGGGUGUCCUGUUCACCUGUGAUCCAUUGGAAUCCCCUGAGUGGGCGUGUGGCAGAGCACUGCCUGGGCUGGCGAUGGAGCCCAAUCCACAGUCUGACCCUGGCCCGAGGGCCGCGCUGCUCCACCGACGAAAGGAGCUCAUGGACCAUAGCCGCUUCCUCAGAACUCUUUAGGGUUGCCAGGGAACCACGUUUGUCCUUGCAGAACCUUGCAGAUUCCCGAAAAGUCUUACGUUGGAAAUAGACGGCGUAGCAGCCAUCUGCAGUGCAGAGGGCAUCUUGUUCCUGCAGCUCUUGUCCCAGAGUCCAGGGAGGCCAGCAGGCACACAAGACUGCCAGAAGAGCACAGGAGCGCAAGGCACAGCUCAUCUUCCCCAUCUGUACCAUUGUCUUUUCUCACCUAACUACACCUCUCUCUAAGUAAUACUUUUUUUCUUUCUGCUUUUUUUUCAAUACUCCACAACUUUUCCCCAAACAAAACUAUUCUCUUACAUUUAGUCAGAGGCCUUUCUCCUGAGCUCCCUGCUGGUCUACCUCUGCCUUGGUAGCAGCAUUCUAACUGAUCUGCAGGAGAAAGAAAAGAGACGGGAGGGAGGGGAGAAAGAAAGAAGGAGGGUAUGUAAAGGAAAAAGGAUUGUGUGUUUUUGGAAGAGGGGCUGGGUAAUGACUGACUGUGUGGAGGAGGGGGGGGGCUGCUGUGCUGGACGAUGGUUUUCUCUUGUGCCGUAUGGUUUUCAUAACUUUAAGGGAAUGACUCGCAACCCUGCUACCAACCACCCCCCACCACAACAAUUUCUUCAGCUCCAGCCACAAUAAUGGAAACUGAUUCAUUUUCCCAGUUUCUCAGGCGGAUAAAGAGUGGAGACUGUCAAAACUUAUAAUUGUUUUUGUUCUAAUGACCGAUCUUUCCUACAGUCUAGUCGUUUCCAUUCUCUUUCUGAUGUAUAUUCAACCGUGAAAACCAACCAUCUCAGGUAUUGAAUUCCAUGUCCAGAUUCUCGUAAAAAAAUUGUCUCCCUUUUUCAAAUGUCUGUUGGCUUUUACGUUUAGAGAGUUUACACGUGGCUGGAUUUAUCCCCCCCCCACAAAAAAAAACCUAAUAUGAUGAAUAGAUGUUCAUUCUUGACACACUCAUGAUGCCUCGAAAUGUGAAACAUUGGUACAGUGUUGGAUGAUUGGGUCAAGAUGUGUGACUACGCAGGUUUACAUAAUCUGUGGGAAAUGGAAAGUAUGCAGACAAAUAGUUUGUGUGCAGAGCUUUUUAGGGUCAGGAUGAAAAGGAGCAAGAGAGUUCACAGUGGCGUUACCAAUACCACUGUACCAGUUUACAGGUUAUCCAACAGUCACAGAGUUCAAGCAAUGGCUGUUUUUCUUCUCUUUGUCUAUUUUCCAACCGUCUCUAAAUGAAGUCCACCUUUGGUUUCCAAUACUGUGGGACUCACUACUGCAUCACUGUCACAUCAGGUAUUAGCCUGAUAUUUUUGACCAUCCCUGGGGCAAAAUACAGUAUGUUUCAAACAGUCUGAAAUCGUACUGGUCUUUUCCAAGUCAAACAAUUCUGGUUCAGGACAAUAUCCUUCCAGAUGGCUACCAGAUCGUAUUUUCCAUAAUGCUAGUAGGCUAGAUACAGUACCGUGCCAAGGGCUUAGUAUAAUACACAUAGAAGAAUAUGUCUUUCCUGCUGUUGACAUCUGGGUGAAUUUGUAUUGUGGGUUAUUUCAGGCACAUGACCUUCUGAGACGCCACAGAUGUCAAAAAACACUUAACAGAUCAGUAUCAAAACACUGUUUGAAUAUCUGUUUUUUUUUGGUCAUCAUUUCAUCUUCAUUUUGGAAUGACCAAUGUGAAGGUCCGGUUAGCCCUUGUCUGUUGACGUAGUGAUAGGAAACUGAUCAAUACCUUGUCUGCUCCUCCAAUCACUGAGUGUUUAGGCCUACAAUACAGUGUCUGCUCCUCCAAUCACUGAGUGUUUAGGCCUAUGCCUACAUACUCAUUGAGGUCAUCUGGGGCAUCAGCCCAGUGAGUUCCAGAUGUCUAUCAGAUUGACCUGCUCUGCUGGAUUGAGUUUCAGUGCAAACAAAUAGGAAACUUGAGCCUUAUGAGGUCACUUCCUGCUCCAGGUCAACUCUGCAGAGCUUAUCGAGCAUGCAUUCCUUUUAAUCUCUUUUUUUUUGUUGUGUUUUUUUGUUCACAAGUUCUUUUCUUGAUUGUUUUAUAAAUGAAUACAUCCAUUCUGCAGCUUGAGCUGCCCACACCUGGUGUUGAUGAACACAUGACCAAAAAAACUAAUAACUUACUCAUAAUAAGUGAAUGAUAACUAAAUAAAUAAUGUUUGUUAGCUUGACUAUCACUGAUUUGGCAACACUGAAUCAUAUAUCUUUACAUAGUUUGAAACUGUGAGUGCAGCUUUAAUUGAAGUUAUCCUAACACUGGCUGUCAGAGGAAGGCCUUAGAUAUUGUCAAAGACUCCAGUCACCCUAGUCAUAGACUGUUCUCUCUGCUACUGCACGGCAUGCGGUACAGGAGCGACAAGUCUAGGUCCAAGAGGCUUAUAAACAGCUUCUACCCCCAAGCCAUAAGACUCCUGAACACCUAAUCAAAUGGCUACCCAGACUAUUUGCAUUACCCCCCCCCCCUCUUUUACACUGCUGCUACUCUCUGUUAUUAUCUAUGCAUAGUCACUUUAAUAACUCUACCUACAUGUACAUAUCACCUCAAUUACCUCGACUAACCGGUGCUCCUGCCCAUUGACUCUGUACCGGUACCCCCUGUAAAUAGCCUCGCUAUGGUUGUUUUACUGCUGCUCUUUAAUUAUUUGUUACUUUUAUUUGUUACUUUUUUGUUGUUGUAUUUUUCUGAAAACUGCAUUUGGUAAAAAUAAAAUUUGAUUCGAUUA